AUGAAUUAUCCUCCUCAACUUCUUCGCCUAGACACGAGAAUUCUAUCUCAAUCUGAAGAGAUAAGAAACGUCGUCAAAAUCAGGGUCCACACAGUAGUCGAAGAGUACAUUAGAGAUCGCACCGGUUUCCAAACCCUAACCGCGUCCUACGAAUCUUCUCCGCCACGUCUCAUCGAAUUCAGUCUUCCUAGUGCCAAUCUCCGCCAGAUCAAUGACAUCCUCUGUCGCCACCGCCUUAGCCCUCAGUUGAGUCUAUUCUUAGCCGUGCGCAUCUCUCCUGAGGCUACCAAAAAAGGAUUAGGCGUUAAUAGCUUCGUCAUGACCUUGCUCGUGAAACUUACGUACAAGAGAGUUUCCGCUUUCAAUUUCGAUUUCUCAACUUUACCGUCGUCGAUCGGAGGAGAAGCUGUCAACUGGGAGGAUGACGUUGUUGAGAGAUUGAUUCGAGAAGGUGCGAUCGACAAGGAGAGAUCCAAGAGUUUGAAUUUGGGAUCAGAAGCGUGUUCCAUCUGUUUUGAAAGUCUCGUGGGUACUUCAGAUAAAGCUCCGACACAAAUUUCAUGUUCUCAUGUUUUCCACGAUCGCUGUAUCUCGCAGUGGCUUCGCCGGAAAAAUUCUUGCCCGUUGUGUCGCCGUGAGCUCUACGGCCGAUGA